AUGGCAUUGAAACUGAGAGUCACUUCCGUUUCGUCGCCGUUUUUUCAACUAGGUUCCACUGCCUCUGGAUUCUCACUCUCUCAACCAUGCUCUAUUUCCAAACAUCCUCUGCGUUUCAGCCUCAAUACAAGCAGAAAGUGCUCACACCCAACAAGAUUCGUCAUUAGAGCUGCUAGAAUUGAGUCUAAAUCUGUCACCUUGGGUUUCAGAGCCCCUCAAUUUCAGCUUCCAGAGCCUCUUACUGGGAAGGUUUGGACAUUGGAAGAUUUUGAGGCUCAUCCAGCUCUAUUGGUUAUGUUUAUAUGCAACCACUGUCCGUUUGUUAAGUACCUGAAGAAAGACAUUGUAAAGCUUACUAAAUUCUAUAUGAAGAAAGGACUCGCUGUUGUUGCUAUAUCUUCAAAUUCUGCAGUUACACACCCCCAGGAUGGACCAGAAUUUAUGGCAGAAGAUGCUAAAUUGUUUGGUUAUCCUUUCCCAUACCUAUACGAUGAGUCACAGGAAGUUGCACGAGAUUUUGGAGCAGUUUGUACACCAGAAUUUUACCUUUUCAAAAAGGAUGGUCGAAGGCCGUUUGAGCUGGUUUAUCAUGGUCAGUUUGAUGAUUCAAGGCCUAGUAAUAAGAACAUACCAGUAACUGGAAGAGACUUGAGCUUGGCGAUAGAUCGUGUUCUGAGUGGUCAGCUAGUACCAUCCGAGCAAAAACCCAGUGUUGGAUGCAGCAUAAAGUGGCACCCAUGA